AUGCGUCGGCGUUCCGGGUCUGGGGAUCUCGGGCGUUUGUCCGCGACUUGUCGACGGGUGCUGCUGUCGCGGGUCCCGGAGGUGCUCAUCCUGGGAGUACUGGAGCUGGUGAGGGUGUUGGCGCUGAGACUACCACUGGCGGUUCUGCUGGAGGUGCUCCUGGUGCUGCUGGAGGUUCUGGAGCUGCUGGAGGUGCUGCUGGGGGUUAUGGAGCUGGUGGAGGUGCUGCUGGAGGUGCUGGAGCUGCUGGAGGUGCUGUUGGAGCGGGUACUCCUGCUGGGGGUCCUGUCACAGUCACAGCUACAGCCUGCCUCCCCUUUGCCUGCUCCUUCUCCCUACGCUGGUCCUACUGGAGGUCUUACUGAGCGUCGUGAGACUGCGUCUCGUCCUGCGUCGCCUGUUCGUGCUACGCGCGCUAGUGGUCGCGGUUCGCGUCAGCGUCCUCCUCCUGUCCCUGGCACGCACCGGAUGUCUCUGCGUCCGUCCACUGCUCCUCUGCGUGCCCCUUUGCUUUCUCCUCCUGCGUCCUCUCUUCCUGCUCUUGCCGGCCCGGAGUCGGACUCUCUUCGUGCUGCCAGUCCUACUGUCACACAUCUCCUUGCUACUGCCAUCACUGACCCUUCUUUCGAGUCUACUGUUGCGUCUGCCCUUGUUACUGAGCUCGUCGACUUUGCUUCUCGCUGUCGCCUAGACUACGCUGCUAGUCUUGUCGCUGAGUCUGAGUCUGUCUGUCCUUCGUCCGUCGUGGGUGAGUGUGCCCUUCGCACGGACGUCCUUGAGGACAGGCAGGAGGAGUUCCAGUGUCUGGCUGCUGCUUCACCUCAUCUCGUGUCCGUACUGCUUACCCCUGUGGGAGACCCAUAUGCACUUGACAUCCCGACUCCGCGCUCUUACGCGGAGGCGAUAGAGGGUCUCUACUCCUCUCAGUGGCAGGCAGCUAUGGAUGCAGAGAUGGCUUCCUGGAAGUCCACAGGCACCUAA